ACGGUUUGUCCGUGACAUUUGUCCCCUCCAUUCUCAGACAAACCGGCAUUAUUUCUGCUUCUUCCCCCCUCUCCCCACUUUCCUUUCCUUUCCUUUCCCCCACCAAAAAAAGUAGUAAUUCUACAGUCUACUACGCAAGAGAGAGAGAGAGAAUAAUCAAAAUAUCAAAAUCAAUAAACCGCUCUCUCUAGUCUUCCUUUCCUUUCUUGCAAUGCCUCUUUCACUUUCACUUUCAUACCCCACCAUCGUUUACCCUUUCUUCAGUCUUCACCACACACACACAGUCACACACUGAGAAAUGAAAACACUCUGUUUUGGAAGUUGGAAUAAUGAUAAUAAGGGGGGGCAUUAGCAUGACUUGAGGAGAGCAGUGAUACUCUCUUUUUUGGCAAAGUAUCAUUCUUUUGGGUCUCCCCUUCUUCCUUCCCCUGUUUUUACUCUUUCUUUUUUUCCCUCCUCAAUUCUUGCCAUAAUUCAAGGCCACAAUUUUAUCUACUGUCCCUUUGCCGGUCAUUUUUUUCCUGUCGCCGAUUUCACAUUCAGGUUAGAGACUUUUUCAUCUAGUUUUCUCAAAGGUGUCAUCUUUUCUUGGGUUCUUGGAUUGAUUGUUCUUCCUGUUUGUAAAAUUGAGUCAAUGUGACGUAUACCCAGAAGAUGAUUGUUUUGGGAUGCUGUUUUGGGUUAUGAUCUUCUUGUUUUUUUUUAUCUUUACUGUUUCUUUGGUUGUGAAUGGAGAUUAAAGCCUGGGUCUUUCAUAAAGAAUCGAGAAUGGGAGGGGUUUUUCUUCCAGUCCUUGUCUUUUCUGCGACUUAAUUGGGUUCCAUUGUUAUUAAUUGUUGCUUCCCGGGCAUUUUGAGGAAUGGGUUCCUGAAAAAACGUUGGACCCAUUUGCUCUGUGGGAGAUAACGUCCUGUAUCUUCAGUGUGUUUGGAAAUUUAACAUCUUUGGGCUGUUUUUGAUAUAUUUCGGUUUCAGUUUCAAGUUAUACCUUGACAUGCCUUCAGCGAAUACCUUCUGUUGUCCUGAUUAGUGAUUAUUGGAUUGCUGUAGUUAGGAGUCUUUUUUUGGACUAUAAUAAGUUAGAGUAUGUGUGUAUUAGUUAAUCAAUCUUAUGACAUCUGUUUCUUCGUAUGUGAAAUUGAAUUGGCCAUGGUUGUUACACUCUUGGGUUAAAGUUUCAGAAUGGAUUGACUUAUCAGCAUAUUAUGCACUACUGAUUUUUCCUUCACUUGGAAUUUUUUGGUAUUUGGAGGAUUAUAUACUUUUAAAGUUACAAUCUAAUUUUUUUUCUUUUAAACCUUGAACCAUGUCAGGAUAUAUUAUUCUGAGGAAGAAAAGUUGAAUCUUUCUUGCUGUGUGAUAUCAUGGAGAAGAAGCAACUGAACCUUAAUGCCCCUCUUCUAUCUGUUAGAAAACCUGUUUCUAAAUUAGGCUUUUCAGAGGUGAAGAAUAAGUUGUCUAUGAAGUCAGGUCCAAUUAGACAGCAGUCUCUUCCUCCAAAAAAGUCUGAGUGGGAACUAGGAGAGGUAGCAAAACCCGGGGCGGUUCCUUUUAGAUGGGAGCAAAUCCCUGGGAAGACCAAAGGUGAAUAUGAAGAGCAGACGGAGACUCCUAAACGUUCAGCAAGUGCUCCUAGGCUUCCUCCCGGAAGGGUACCAGAUACCAUAAUGCGAUAUUCUGGAGAGAGAUGUAAUGAUCCCAAAAAUGUGAUUGUAAGGCGCUACUCUGGUGACAGAUGUAGUGAUCAGAAGAGUUUCAGGACUCAAUCUCAAGUUUAUCCCUACAAUGACCAUGCAGCUCUCAUUGCCAGCUUGAAGGAAAGUCUGAAUGCGAAUGAGGGAUCUGAUGCAGGAAGUGCUGAUGAUGCAUACUCUGAUGCAGUUGAUACAAUCUCUCCUAGUGCAUCAUUUUCGUUCAAUUGCAGUGUUAGUGGUUUGAGUGAAUUUGAGGUUUCAAAUGUGAAGCAAUCUGGAGAUCUUGAGGCAGAUGCACAGACUAGAGAUUUUAUGAUGAGUCGGUUCUUACCUGCAGCCAAGGCUGCAGUUGUGGAGACACCUCAGUAUGUUCCGAAGAAGCAGCCUCCUGUGGUUACAGAACAGCCAAAACAGCCUAAAAAGGUGGUCAGCGGCGAAAGAAAGCCUUUGCUUGAUCGAUUGGAAUCUGAUUUUGCCUCCUUUUACAAUGAGUAUAUAGAAGAUGGUCAAAGCGAAGUUGAGGUUGGUGAUAAUCAAGCUAAUGAGCCUAAGAAGCGUUCACGCAAAGCUUGGGGAAUUUUUCCACGACUUUGUGUGAAGAAGUCUCUAUGCCUUUUUAAUCCUGUGCCAGCAAUUAAAACAAGGUCACAAGUCCCAAAUUCUCCUCCUACAGACAUUGGAAGGCUUACGCGGAAGGCUUAUAGUGGACCUCUUGACAAGCGAGCAUGGGAUCCUAACAAUAAGAGAAUCUUUCAUUCUGGAGUUUUGACCCGAGAACUGCAUCAAGUUGAAAAGAAGCAAGGUGAAAGCAAACCAUUCGCCUAUACCUCAUACAAGGCAGGAGGAUUGUCUCCUUGCAGGCCUUUUCGAAGUGGGGAGAUUUCUCCUUAUCGAAAUGCAGCUCCUCACUCUCCGUUUAGGAAGGGAGCAAGAUUUCUUGGUUUACCUAAUGAAGCUGACAAUCUUACAGCUGAGAAGUACAGUUCCCUUAUCAAAAAGUGUAGCAAUCUUCUAGACGCUGCCCCCCCUCGCGUAAGCAGACAAGGGGGAGUCACACCAAAUGAAGCUGUGGAGAAAACAGUUUAUGUAGAUUCUGUAACCACUGUGGAUGUCAUCAAAGGUUUAGAUUCUUCCAGAGUUGAGAGACCUUUCAAUUCUGUUGGUGACAAGUUGAAAAUUUCAGCAGAAACAAAAAAGGUAGAGGACAAUUUACCAGAUAAUAUUGGUAAUCUUGAAGUAAAGCCAUCUAAUGCAAUGAAGGAAGGAACUAAAUUGGAUGCUAAAGUAUCCUCGUUGGCCCAUGAAGUUCCUCCGGCUUCCAAUGGUAUGUCAAAGCUCAGAGUGCCGGCACAUGGACCAGGGGUUUUAGAGUUAAGCAAGAGCAUUAGUGAGGAGAAGAGAUCCCUUGUCAAGAGCAAUGAAUCAGAAGCUGAAAAUAGUACUGAUGCUGUAGCUUUACAGUCUCCCCUGGCACCACCAUUGCCAAAAUCACCGUCUGAAUCUUGGCUUUGGCGAACUAUCCACUUGCGAAUUCCAUUUUCACCUUCACACCACGGGAAGAACUUUCACAUCAAGAAGGAUCAGAAGGCUUCUGUACCUAAGUGGGAGACUAUGGUAAAAUCUUCAAAUUUAAGUGAUAACCAUAGCCGCUAUUCUGAGGUAUUUACACUACCCCAUUGUUGUUUCUAACUUAGCCACUGAGUUCAUGCUCUAUAGUUUACCACUUAUAACUAAGGACUUACUUGUUUUGCCUUACAUGGACUUUUGCAGGAACAUUUUCCUCGUGUUUCUCAUAAAAAGAACAAAGUAUGAUGCCUAGGAGAUAGGCUUUGAGUCGCUACUGAUGAUUUAAUGACUACCAAGUGUUCGAAACAAGGGUAUGCUUAUAUUUGCUAUACAUGAUGACUACAUUGACUAGUUUGUGAUAGUUGAUAUUAGGUUUUUGUUGGUACAUGUACAAAAGGUUGUGCUGUGGAUGAAUUUUCAACAAUCCAUUAAUCUCUAGUUUGGGAAGUAUUGAUUGCUGGGUUCCCAAUCUCCCAACUCCUCCUGCGUAUAGAUUAUAGAACCAAGCAGGAGAGAGAGAGAGAGAGAUGAUAGGCACACGCAGAGAAAGAAAGACCAUAAAAUGUAUUUGUUUGAACAAUGAAACAGACUACUUUCAUAGGAAAGCUGGAGACAGUAGUAGUUCAUCAUAUGGGAUGAUGCAACGCAACUUAAAGUGAAUAUUUGUUCACUGAAACAUGUCUUCCACCUCAGCAAUUGUGAGUCUAACAUGAUUAUACUCAGUUCUUAUGCUUUUUUCUUUGGCGUAUGUUUCAAUAGUUAAUCACCUUGAUUUUAGAACUAAUUAUCUAUUCUGAAUUGGGCUGGCAGUAUGUGUUCUUCUUUAGGACUUGCAUCAGACAGGAUUAACUUUUUCUCAACUCUAAAGCACUCAAAAAAAAUUACUGCUUACGGCAUGGUAGAAGAAUGCAUAUCUGGAUCAAACUAAUGUUGGCCUCUUAGACAUUGAUAAUCAUUCAUUUUGAAAGCGAUUAAAUUGAAAUGCUAAGGUGUGACAUAAUAUCAGCCCUCCUAUUAAUAUGUUGUGGGUGUUACUACAUAUAAGAUCAUCGUACUUUCUGUACUACAAACAUGUCUAACAGCAGCUUAUUAAAGUUUUGAAAUCUAUUGUGGCUGCCUUGUAUAGUUGGGCAGAUGAUGUACCUAUCUACAUGUGUAUUCGCUAACUUUUACGGUUAUCCCACGAAAAGGUCAAUUCGCAAUCAAUUUGAGCAUGUUGCUUCCCAUGUGGUUCAGUAGGAGGAUCAGGGGUCCAUUGUAGAUGAUGAGAGCCAUUUCACAUUCAUUAUCCAUUUGACUAAGGGAGUCAUGAAGUCCUUUUUCUGUAGUGAGGCAAGAUUGGAAAGGAGCAAAAAACACAGAUUAAUGGCAUAUGAAAAUUUCAUAAGUCAAUUUUUGUCUUCCUCCAGAAUUAGUGUCAAAGAGGAGAGUAUUAAUGCUUAUGGUUAGCUCGCAGUCAUUGUCCCAACAACUCUGAUCUCCUUCCCCCAGUGGCUUUAAUCAAGGACUUUGAAGCUGCUGCAGCAUGUGACACUGUGAUGUGAAGAAACAUAUCAGUGUUAUGAGCCCCCAUCAGACCGUCACCCUCUAUAAACUACAAGUAGGGACUUGUGUAGCUCUGUUCUGUACUUCCAUUUGUCCCAAUCCAACAACAUGGUUUCCUCC